AUGGCUAACAACGUGACCGUUACCAAAGAAGCUACUAAGCGUACAUUCACCUGCAGUUUCUUCCGUGAGGAUAUGACACAUCUGGUUCAGUUGAGCGCUUUAGUUAGUGGGCAUAACUUGGAUGAGUUCAGAAAGACGUAUGGCCAUAUCUUGCACAUGUUGACUUCUCACGUUGAUGAAUGGGCUCUAUACACGCUGCUUCAAUUCUAUGAUUCUGAGCUACGCUGUUUCACCUUUCGAGACUAUCAACUGGCUCCUACCCUUGAAGAGUAUGCUGACAUUCUCAAGAUUAAGGUUCAACGUAAAAUCCCUUUUGUGUGUGUACCUGAGAAGCCAAGAAUGGACCGAAUUGCUGGUGCUCUUUAUUUGAGCAUAAAGGACGUUACAGGUAACUGGAAGCCUAAUGGUGGAACCCACGGAUUCCAUGUGAAAUUUCUGAUAAAGAAGGCCGACACCCUUACUGUUGAGAAGAGAUGGAAAGAAUUCAACGCUCUCCUAGCCGUUAUGAUAUAUGGUUUGGUGUUGUUCCCGAAUAUUCCAAAUUUCGUCGAUCUAACUGUUGUCUGUCUCUUCAUGGAUCAAAAUCCUGUGCCCACUCUUUUAGCAGAUACUUAUUAUACCAUUCAUUCCAGGUAUGGAAAGAAAGGAUCAGUUGGGAGUUGUUUACCGUUGCUAUAUGAGUGGUUCACUUCACACUUGCCUAAAAUUGGGCCGUUUGUUACGACGAAAGACUCACAGAAAUGGCCCCAAAGGAUCAUGGGGCUUACUGCAAACGACAUUGUCUGGUGUCCUAUCGGAAUGGGCAUAGAGGAAGUUAUAACUUGUUGUGGCACUUUUGACAAUGUUCCCCUCAUAGGAACGAGAGGUGUUAUCAAUUAUAAUCCUAAGCUAGCUCUACGUCAGCUGGGUUUUGCACUUAAAGACAAGCCUUUAGACAAAGAGAUAUUCGAAUCUGUUUGCUUUGAGAAGGGGACUGAUCCAGAGGGAUUGAAAAAAGUAAGAAGCGCCUGGAAUAGCAUCCACACAGAUAACCAGACUUCCCUAGGUGAGAAGAAUGCCGUUGCCAACCAAGCCUAUACAAAUUGGGUCGAAGAAAGAGUUAAAGAUCGCCUGUUGCCUUUCCCGAAGGUUAACCCAUUGUACGAGCAACCACCUGAGGUUCCAACCGCCACUAUGCCUGCUGAGAAUUGCAUCCAAGCGAAUAUGGAAGGCACCCAGUUGCAUGAAAAGAGUUCCGACGCGCAACUAAAACACUAUCUUGUAGAUCAGGAAAAGACUGGGUUGACACACGAAGCCAAAAUGCUGAAGGAAGGAUCUUCCAGAGUUCAAAAGAGGGCUAGAACGGAAAAGGGUGAAAGAGAUACUACUGUUGUUGUUGAGGAUCACCAGAAGAUCAUAAAAAGGGCCAUAAAAGAGGCAUAA